GGUCCUUGAGCUUGGCCACCUGCCUGGGAAACUUGUGGUUGGUUGUUGCCCUCCGAUCGUUUCCGGGCGGGGACAGGAAUCGGGCCAUGAAAAACACUUCGGGGACCCGUGAGCCCCGGACCCGUCCGAGAGAAAGAGACCCGGACCGGCGCCCACACCGGGACCGAGACCGCCACGUCGAGCGGCCGCGGGACCCAGGCGGGGACAGGCACAGGGAGAGGAACGGUGACGUGAGAGGAAACGGGGACCGUCGGGCGGGCCGGGAACAUAGAACCGACCGAGAACCGCGCCAGGACAGACACAGGGACGCGGGUCAUCGCGCAGCCGAACAAAGAGCCCGGGAGAAGUCCCGCCAAAGCCGUGCGCGGCCCGAGCCCUGGGGACCCAGUUGGGACACAGCCGGGACUCCGGGACCCGCACCCUGGCGGGGCCCAGAGCCGCCGCUGAAGCAUGGCCUCGGGCGCCGCGGGUUGGAGAGUGAACUGGCUUCGGAAAGAUACAUAUCCACAUACUCCGAGCCUGCUCGACAGGAAGAGGAAUAUUACCAGUCAGAAGCUGAGGGGAUUCUGGAAUGCCACAAAUGCAGAUAUUUGUGCACAGGGAGAGCCUGCUGCCAGAUGCUGGAGGCUUUGCUGAACUUGCUGAUCUUGGCCUGCAGCUGUGUCUCUUACAAUUCCACGGGGGGCUACACGGGCAUCACCAGCCUGGGGGGGAUUUACUACUACCAGUACGGAGGGGCUUACAGUGGCUUCGACGGUGCUGACGGGGAGAAAGCCCAGCAGCUGGAUGUCCAGUUCUACCAACUCAAGUUGCCCACGGUCACUGCAGCAAUGGCCUACAGCGGAGCCCUCAUGACCUUCUCCUGUCUCCUCCUCCUCGGGGGUGCCCUGCGGGUCCCGUGGCACUGUCCACUGUGGCUGGUGAUCGAGGGCUUAAUGGAUGCACUCAUCGCUGGGGCGUAUGUCCCAGCCUUGUACUUCUUCUUCCAACACCUCUCUGCGGCCUAUAGCUCAGAUGUGUGUAAGGAGAGGGAGGCCCUGUAUCAGAGCAAAGGUUACAGUGGCUUCAACUGCGGUCUCCACGGGGGAGACAUAGGAACAGGAGUCUUUGCAGCCAUGGCCAUUGGGGUCUUUGCUGUGGGAGCCAUCCUGGCCUUCAAGGGUUACCGAAAAGUUAAGAAGUUGAAGGAGAAGCCCACGGAAAUGCUUGAGUUUUAGACUUCUAGAAUGUUCUGCCACAUUUACGUGAUAGAAGCCACUUUCAACCACAAUCUUUCAUAGGAAUUCUUCGAUGUGGAACUCACUAAGGCUUCCGAAAUACCAAGCCGGUGUAGGUAUGCGGGGCUUAGCUCCUGGCUGCCUGGAGGAGUAUUCUCUGAGACAACGAGCUGUGUUCUCUGCAAUCUUCUGUGAGUGUGGGACUAACAAACACUGUGACAAAACCCCAAACACGGGCUGGGGAUUUAGCUCAGUGGUAGAGCGCUUACCCAGGAAGCGCAAGGCCCUGGGUUCGGUCCCCAGCUCCGGAAAAAAAGAACCAAAAAAAAAAAAAAAAAAAAAAAAAAAGAAAACCCCAAACACUGAAGCCAGGCUUGGUGGUACGGACUUGGAAUCCUAGAACCCUAGCAAUUGUAAGGCUGAGGCAGGAGAAUCUUGAGUUCCAGACUAGCAUGGACUGCAGAGCAAGAUCCUGUCUGCAAACCAGAUAAUCAGCAACAAUGAAGGACCCUCGGGAGGAAGGCAGAGUGUACUUCAUGGUCAGGGCAGGAACAAUUGCACUGGAAACUUACAGUUCACAGAAACCUACGUCGACAGAAGACUGCUCUCUCUGAACUAUCCUAAACUCAGCCCUCUUCAGCAGACACACGGGGCAUCUCCCCACUGAGUAUCUAGGCCCUGCACCCCUUUAACUCUAUGGUUUCUGGAGCGUACUUGCCCCAGAAAAACUUAAGUUUAAGGGCAUGGGAUAAGGAAAGGAGAAUCAGAUUAAACUCGCUGAGCUGCAAAGAAACCAUUCUCCUGGCCGCUUACAGUGACUUCCAGCGCUCAAUAAGCAUUUGUACCUCCUGUAAAGGUGCCAUUGUACGAAGACUCCAACCCCACAGUGGUAUUCAGGGUCUACUCAAAAGAAAAGAAUGUAAAGUCCCUUUCCCAGCAGAAGAAUGUUACUUUUAGCCAGACAACUUCAUGGACUUGAUUACAGGUUGAAUUACGGCUUGGGACCAUUAUAGUAUAUUCCGGUACAAGUGACUAUGUCCCUUGAUGCAAAAAUCCAAGCGUUCCAAAGAAAACAUUUUAAUUUGGAGGCAGCGGUCUUCUCUAUGCUCAUGACACUUUAUUCACUUAAAACUCCAUCGAUUGAUGUGGAAGACUUCAGCCUUGGGGACAGAACUGCAUACCCCUGUUAUGGUUAGAAAUUCUCUUGAACAUUUUUUUAGUUUUGCUCAAGGAAAAGGGGAAAGGGGAUAUUCUUUUUUUUUUUUUUUUUUUUUUUUUUUGGUUCUUUUUUUUGGAGCUGGGGACUGAACCCAGGGCCUUGCGCUUCCUAGGCAAGCGCUCUGCCACUGAGCCAAAUCCCCAACCCCGAAAGGGGAUAUUCUUUUUUUUUUUUUUUUUUUUUUUUGGUUCUUUUUUUCGGAGCUGGGGACCGAACCCAGGGCCUUGCGCUUCCUAGGUAAGCGCUCUACCACUGAGCUAAAUCCCCAGCCCCCGAAAGGGGAUAUUCUUAAUUCUAUAGAUACCUUGUCUGCACAUAUUCACUUUAUUUUUACAAAAUAAAAAGAUCAAAGAGACUUGCUUGCCUUGGCUUUCCCUCCCCUCCCCUCAGGACAGUUAUGUACAGUGCAAAGACAGAGGUAGACACAGAAUUAAGCCAAGUGCUACAUGGUCGACCGUAAAAAGCAGCGUUGCUCGGAAGGGCACUGGGGAUUACAGCAAAGACACAGUGGACUUCUGUCCCACGGACCUCUGACAUCUUUGUGGAAACCCGACCCACCCCGACUUGGAGAGAAAUGCAAUGUCUGCCUUUUCUUCCUUCCCUCUGAUGUUUAUCUUUGCGUAUUAGCAGCUUUAAGACAUUUGUCACUUUGAGUAGCUUAGCUAAGGCAUGUCAGGCUGGCUACUGCCCAGAAUAACACCCUGCAGCCAUUCCUUCAACAAACCCAGUGUCAUUAGACCUAGCGGAAGAUUGGAAGCCUAGAUUUCUUCCACUUCAACCAAGAGAUGUAUGCUGUGUGUAGCAGAGGGAAAGGAUUUAUAUUUCCCAUCUGCACAGCAUUUCUGUUUCUAUAUGCUGAUGGAAGGAAAAUCAGGGUUGGGAAAGAUACAGAGUGUGGGAGUUUGCUACCCCCACCAAUGACAUCUGGGCUGGUUCAUCGCUUGCUGUAUUUGCAGAGUCCGGUUGAAGAGUGGGCAGCUAGAAUCUAAUGUUGAAUUUUAAAUUAGAGCGAUACAGUUUCUCAACUCUCAGAUCCCCACGCUGUUGUGGCCCCUGGAUUUUCAGGAAUUCAUGUGGGCAUGUAGAUGAUAGGCUCUGCUAGCUGGGUCUGAGGAUUGUAGAACUGGCUGCUGUCCCUUAACGGCCUCAAUGAUAAAUACGGUACCAUUGGUGUAAUGGAUAGACAUGCUCUAAUUGCUGGGAAACAGCUCCUUUUCAAAAUUCUCCCCGUUUCUUCCUGCUUCUCAUACUACUCUCCUCCGAUUUCAGAACACUGCAGAGAGGCCCUACCAUUCAUUUAUGAUUUUUCAAGAAAUUCUAGUCAUGUAUUAGUGUCUGCAGGGACUGUCCCCUCCAAUACAGAAAUCUGAGAGUGCUGUGGCCUUCUGUGUAAAACGGCAUGUAUAAUGUUUGUGUAUAAUAUAUUCAUAUACAUAACCUCCUGUAUAUUAUGGGAUUACAUAUUCCCGACGUAAGUGCUAUGCUAACAGUUGCUAGAAUGCAUUGUUUAGGGAACACUGCUGAGAAAAAGCCCAUCUUUGUUCUAUGGUCAGAUGCAGCUCGAUCCUCAAUGGACUCUCUGGCUGCAGAAGCUGCAACCAGAGAGGGCUGACUGUUCUCCCUUCCAUCUGAUCCUUCCCACAGGUCUGUGUGGGAGGGAGGCCGAGUGGAGCUGGCGGACUUAACUUCAUUCAUCAGAUAAAAUAUCUAAGGCUUAGAAGGACUUUAGUAAACAGGGAAAGAACAGAUACUAGAUUUUGAUAUUCGAAUUUGGGGUCCAUUUGCAUUCCUCUUUGUCUCUCAAAAUUCUCAUCUCUGCAUCCUGAGGAUCUAAGGAUAGUAAUGGAACUUCCGGAAGUGCAGCCUGAAGCUUCUAUCAGCUUGACGAGCAAGGGAUCUUAGACAAGAGGUGUUCAGCCUUAGCCCACCUCACUGCCUCAUGGAAUCUGCACAUCUUCCAGACUUCUAAGAAACUCCCUGCCAGUGAACAGCUCAAGUAUUUCUUUGUAGAAACCUGGUUGAGCAAACUGGCCCAUUCGCAGAACCAAACUGGAAGUCUCAUAAUAAAUGUGUAGCCAUUCUGCAGACUAGAUAUAGUUGGCCUACAGUACAGGAAACCAGCAAGAUGUAUGAUGGCGUGUGUGUGUGUGUGUGUGUGUGGAGAUGGGGGGGGGCACAGAGAUGAAUGCUUUUCAUUGCUUAAAGACUGGAAAGUAAGUGAGCAGCCGAUAGUGUUUGCCUCACAGUCAUGAGGACCUGAGUUCAGAUCCCCAGUGCUGAAUGCCUGCAAUCCAGUGCCGCCGAGAUGGGAGGCAGAGAGUGGUGGGUCCUUGGAACUCACUGGUAGGUAGUACUAGAUCUGUGACAGACCUGCCUCAAACGAAAGGUGGAAAACGUCUGAGGAACGAAUGUCACCUGAGACUGUUCUCUGAACUCCAUACACACUCGAGACAUGUGCAUAUGCACAGCCCAGCACAUUACACAUAUGUACACACACGUGCACAGAGAGAGAGAGAGAGACAGAGACAGAGACAGAGAGAGACAGAGAGAGAGAGAGAGAAAGGAAGCAGGAGGAGCAUGUAAGAAACUUACAAAAAUGUUUGUAGUCUUGGUGACUGGGUAAGAGUCUGAGGCCGUCUGGUUUACCCAGCGAAACUGUACUUUGGGUAUGGGGAGAUGGAGAACAUGAAUGAAAACUUUCUGUUUAUUCUUC